AUGCAAUAAUAAAAUAUUAGUUUGAUUAGAAUAACUAAUGGGGUGAGUUACGAAUUGCUCUUUGAGGAGUAGUAGCAUCUGGCAAAAAAUCCUUAUUUAAUUAUUAGACUUUUAAUAAGUAACCUGUAAGAGCUGGAGGAGAUUCUGUUACUAAAUCUGUAGUUGUGGGUGUUUCUUAUUUGGCUUAGCAUUUGGAGAUUAUUGAUACCCCAUGCUUUGAGGCUGAUGAAGAUGAAAUACUGCAUGCAGUUGGAGUAAUUGCUGCACUUACUUUUGGUGAGAUGCAGGUAAUAUUAAACGAAAAUAUAGGAGAGAUUUAAUAUAAACUCAGUCCUUUUUAUUCAAAAAAGAUGAUCCUAAAUUUAUUACUCUUUAAUUUAGAUAAAUUAAAGAACCAAGAAAGACAUCAAUAAAAUUAACAGAUACAGAAACAUAGUAUCAAUCUGAUCUAAUGAGGUUCAAAGGUGAAAACCAAAGCAAACCAGAAGAGCAUAAAAUUUAUAGAAAAUUUAGAAAAAUUGCAAUUAUUUUUAAAAAUACAUCAAUAAUAAUAUAGAGUUGA